UAAUAUCCAAUUAAAAAAAUAAACUCCUUUAACAACUUAUGUAUACUUUAUUAGCCGAUUCGGUUUCUGCUGUGGCGAAGUGCUUUUUGGUGACUCGUUUGUCUGAUUCGUAGGGGAUUUUGUUUUCGACAUAGAAUGAGUGCAUACGUUGGAAAGUCUUUUUCUAAGCAAACGCAAGACGCCUCCUCUUGUACAAUGCACACUUUUGGCAACUAUGAGGCUCUCUCUGAUUUCCAUCAGUCCAAUUACGCGUACGAAGGGCUUGAUCUCAGCGGAUCCUUCAGUGAUCAAAUCUCCUCCAACUCUUUAAAACGGGAGGCGAUAAACACAACCGACCGUCCAAGGAUCAGUGCAGCAAUUCAGCGACCACAAUCUUGUUCAGCUCUGGGCUCACAUAGCUUCCACACCCACGGGUACAACCCCCUCAGUCACGGACUGUUGAGCCAAAAAGCCGAGGGGAAUAUGGAAGUUAUGGAGAAGCCCAGCGGCAAGAGUCGCACGGGUGAUGUCAAAAUGGAGACUACUUCAGCGAUAAAACAACAAACCAAUUCAACCCAGCGUCAGCACCAGUCGCAACCGCAGAUAUAUCCGUGGAUGACAAAGCUACACAUGAGCCACGAAUCUGACGGUAAAAGGUCACGAACCAGUUACAGCCGCUACCAGACUCUGGAGUUGGAGAAAGAGUUCCACUUCAACCGAUACCUCACACGUCGAAGACGUAUCGAGAUUGCCAAUAACCUCUGCUUGAACGAGCGCCAAAUUAAAAUUUGGUUCCAGAACCGUCGCAUGAAGUGGAAGAAGGACUCAAAGUUGAAAGUUAAAGGAGGACUUUAAGUUAUGUGAUGUACGGCUCCUAUUCAAAUAGCCUGAAAAUAAAGUAAUGGCUGACUUUUUAAAAAGCAAACGAUUAAAAAAGAUCUUGCGGCAAUGUUUUUAUUUGUCUAAACUGUUGUUAUGUGCAUAUCUCCACAUCUACCAUUUUUAUUUAUAUUGUCCCAGGUGCGGGAGAUGCUUUUUGGAUAAUGUAUGACCUUAAACUUUUUUUUAAAUGUGCUUUAUUAAAAUUGGUUGUACCUAUAGCCUAUAUACCAAGGCCUGCAUCCAAUUAAGUUGACCUUAAUGUAAGUGCAAAUAGUUUGGUGCUUCAAAACAUGAACAUUCAUCAAUCUGCCCACUGUAUUUUUGCCUUUAAAUGGAACGUGUCUUUCUAUUCAUUGUACUUUCUGUCGUAAAAACAUCAACUAUAAUAUCCACAGUAAAUUGCUCGACAUGCAAAUAAUGCAACAACUGUAGCCUAGUGUCAUAUUGACGGCUGUGUAUCAUAUUUUAUUUUAGCCAGGAGCAUUUGAAUGGUACUUUUCUCUUGGGAAUAAUAUUUAUUCAAAUACUGUACAAUCAUAGCAAUUACUCUUUUAUUGUAAAUGGACUGUUUGGAAUAACUUCUUAUGCAGGUACCACGACGUUUGUAUAGGCAAGCUGUAAUGAGUAGUUUAUUGAUACACCAUAAACACGACCUACUUUUUUUGCGAACCACAUUUGUUCUGUGUGCUAACAAAUCAAUUUUUGUUUACAAUUGGUUUGUUUUAUUUAACUUCUCUGGUAAAUCACAAAUAAUUUUUCAAUUAUCAACGA